AUGUCCUUUCUUGAAUCGACCAAGAAGUGGACUAUAUGGACUCUUAAGAGCUACUGGUUCUUCAUAACGCUGGCCAUCUUUGUGGUUAUCGCGCGGUUUGCUCCGAAUUUCGCCCGUCACGGCGGUCUUAUCAGGGCAGAGUAUACGAUCGGAUACGCUGCUGUGGCUGUGAUCUUCUUUGGUUCGGGUCUUUCCAUGGGAACCAAGCAACUGAUGGUCAACAUGGCGAACUGGAGAGCCCAUUUCACAGUCUUGGUGCUUCAAUUCUUGAUCACGCCGGCCAUAAUGUACGGAUUCUGUUGCGCUAUCAAGGCUGCCAAUAACUCAAAGAUUUCCAACUGGAUGUUGGUCGGACUUAUUGUGACCACAUCAUGUCCAACUACAGUUGCCUCCAACGUGGUGAUGACCAGACAAGCCGACGGAAACGAGCUACUGACUUUGUGCGAGGUGUUCAUCGGCAAUUUACUGGGAGCUUUUAUCACUCCCGCGCUCAGUCAAAUGUUUCUGACAGGAACGUGGGCAUUCGGUAACCCGGCCAACGGGUCAUCCAUCCAACGAGUUUAUCGAGACGUGAUGCAGCAGAUCGGAUGCAGCGUUUUUGUUCCGAUCUUUGUGGGCCAGGUGAUCCAGAACGUGUUCCCCAAACAGACCAAAUGGUUUCUCACCACGUUCCGCUUCAACAAGGUGGGAUCCUUUAUGCUUCUGUUGGUGAUGUUUUCAUCGUUCUCUACAGCAUUCUAUCAACAUGCGUUCACGGCAGUGUCGCACGAGUCGAUCAUCCUGGUGUGUUUCUUUAACGUGGGCAUCUAUCUACUAUUCACCGUGAUCUGUUUUUUGCUGUCACGCCCAUUUUUACUGCGCAAGCUGCCCGAGCCAACAAACCGAGGAGUCUAUUAUUAUUUCUACAAAACUGUGGCUCCCUUUUAUUUGAGCCGUCCAGAUACGGUUUCGAUGAUGCUUUGCGGUGCUGCAAAGACCGCUGCUUUGGGAGUUUCUCUUGUGACUGCUCAGUACGGAAACGACUUCAGCCAUUUGGGAGAACUGCUUGUUCCCCUGGUGCUGUACCAGAGUGAACAGGUGCUGUGUGCCGGACUGUUGACCAAACUAAUGAAGAAGUGGAUCCACGCAGAGGAUAAGGAGAAGGAUUCAAGCGCAGACGAAAGCACUGAGAAGGCUUAG